AUGGAUGUAGUAAAGAAGUUAACAUAUGGAUUAAAUUUAAAAAAUAAUGAUUUGAUGGGUUUAAAAGAAGAAAAUUUAAAGCCCUUAAAAAAUAUAAUAAAUAUAAAUACUCCUACAGUGUCAGAUAUAAAUAAUAGUAAAAAAAAAGGGAUAAUAAAAGAUUGGGAAUCUAUAAAAUUUUCAAAUUUUAAAAAAAAUGAAAAGUUAGUGAAAACAUAUAUGAAAGAAAAUGACAUAAAUAUUGAGUAUUUUAAUUUGAAUAGAAUUGUAACCCCUAUUCGUUUUUUCAACGAUAUUGCUGAUUAUAUUGAAAAUACAGAUUAUGAUAAUAAUAAAGCAAUUCAAAAUGUGGAUAAGGAUGACAAUAGUUCUUGCUUGAAAAUAAAUAAAGAAAAAAGUGACGAUAAUAUUAUUUCAGAAAGUAAGGUGGAUCUUAUAAAAGAUGAAAUAAAUAAUGUUAAUGAAAAUAUAGAAAUAGGAGAUAAAAAAAUAAAAAGUGAAGAAAUAAAAAAACUUAUGAAUACAAUAAAAAAUACAUUAUGUUUUGAAUAUCCAACAUGCAUUCAAAAAAUAUGUAUACCAUCAAUUUUAAAUGGGUUUAAUACAAUUUGUAUUUCUCAAACUGGGAGUGGUAAGACAUGUGCCUUUUUAAUUCCACUUCUUCUCAAACUAAUUAGUCAUGACAAUGUAAACAAUAAUGAAGGUACUGACUUGUUUUAUUUUCGAAGUCUUGUAAUAGUUCCAACUGUUGAGCUAGCUAUUCAAAUUUAUGAACAUGCAAUAAUUUUAUUUGAGUCGUUCAGAAAAUUUAACAUAAUUAAUCUUCAAAACAAAGAAAUUGAAAUUAACAAAAAUGUUGAUGUAUGUAUUUGUACCCCCUUAGUACUUUUACAAUUAUUGGAAAAAGAAAAAAAAAUAAGUUUACAAAAAUGUUUUUAUAUAGUUUUUGAUGAAGUAGAUAAACUUUUUGAAAUAAAAUUUUUAGAACAUGUUAAUAAUUUAUUAAAUAAAAUAAAAAAUAUAAAAAUUCAAAAAAUAUUUACAACCGCUACAUUACCAGGAAAAGUUAAAUCAUUUAUAAAUACAUUAUGUGUAAAUUAUACUAUUGUUUAUUUUGGUAAAAAUAUAAAUACAAUAAAUAAUAAUAUAAAGCAAGAAUUAAUAUAUGUAAAUAAUGAAGAUGAUAAAUUUAUAGUAUUAAAUAACUUAAUAAAAAAUAAAGAAAUACAUAUACCAGUUUUAAUAUUUACAGAUAGUAUAGAAAAAUGUAAAUAUAUUUAUAAAAAUUUGAUAAAAUCAAUGAGCAGUAUUAAUACAAAUAAUAUAAAUUAUACAUCCUAUGUUGAUACAUUAACUUCUGAUAAAUCCAAAGAAGAAAGAAAUAAAAUAUUUCAAAAACUUAAAUCUGGAAAUAUUUGGUACCUUGUAUGUACUGAUGUUUUAAGUAGAGGUAUAGAUAUAAAUGGAAUUGAAACAGUUAUAAAUUAUGAUGUAUGUUAUGAUAAAUAUAAUUAUAUUCAUAGAAUCGGUAGAGUAUGUCGAUCUGAUAAUAAAAAGGAAGGUAAGGCAAUCACAUUUUUUACAAAAAAUAAUAUUAAAUAUAUGAAGGAUAUUGUAAGGUUUGUUAAAAAUAGUGGAACCCCAAUUCCAGAGUAUUUAGAAAAUUAUAGGUUUUCCCCAAUACCCAAAUUUAAGUAUUUUGCUAAGGGUCAAAAAAAAGUUAAGAAGACAGAAAAGAAGGGAAGAAAUAUGAAAGAGGUUAAGAAGACAGAAAAGAAAGGAAGAAAGAUGAAAAAAAAGAAGAACAAGCGGAAUAGUGAGAAUUGA